AUGUCUUCAAAUCCAUUAUCAUCAUCAUCAUCAUCAUCUCAAGGUAUCCUUCCCCAAUUUAAACCAAAGGAUAAUAUAGCACAACCAUUACCAGUCAGUAAACAAUAUGCUUGGCUUGCAAUCUACUUCUUCUUCAACUUAGUGUUGACUCUCUUCAACAAGGUUGUUCUCGGAAAGUUCCCCUUCCCUUACUUACUGACUGCAGUCCACGCCCUAGCCGGAUCUAUUGGAUGCUUUGUAUUACACAGACUCAAGUUCUUCACACUCUCUCGCUUAACAUCCUCAGAAAAUAUGGUCCUGGUGCUCUUCUCAUUCCUCUACACAAUCAAUAUCGCCAUUUCAAACGUCUCACUUGGACUGGUCACCGUGCCCUUCCACCAAAUUGUUAGAGCAACAACCCCACUCUUUGCCAUUGCUCUCAACAUUGUCUUUUACCAUUCUACAUACCCCCUUCUUACAUACCUCUCAUUGCUGUUGGUUGUUGCCGGUGUAGGCUUUUCCACCUACGGUGAUUACUACUCUACGCCUCUUGGAUUUUUCCUGACGCUCCUGGGUGCCUUUUUGGCCGCAGUUAAGACAGUCGUCACAAAUAAAGUCCAAACAGGCCGUCUUAAACUCAGCCCACUUGAGCUUCUUUACCGUAUGUCGCCAUUGGCUUUUAUUCAAACUGUCAUCUACGGUUACUUCACUGGUGAAGUCACAACCAUCUACUACGCUGCUCUUGAAGCUCUCGGCAAAUCCAAUCAGUCUAAUAUUUUUGCCAGAGCUGCUGAUCCUCUCAUUUCCGUGAACUCCCCCUUUGUCAUUGAUAAACCACUGCUCAUCAAGCUGGCCCUCAAUGGUUUGAUUGCGUUUGGUCUUAAUGUUGUAUCCUUCACAGCAAACAAAAAUACAAACGCCUUGACUAUGACUGUGGCAGGUAAUGUCAAGCAAGUCAUGACCAUUGUAUUGGCUAUUUUGUUCUUCAAUCUUGAAAUCAACAUGACAAAUGCCUUUGGUAUCUUUUUGACAUUGGCAGGUGGUGCAUGGUACGCUAAGAUUGAACUGGAAAGAAAACAGACCACUCGUUCGUCACCUUCAUCUGGAAACAUAAAUUCCGGGAAGAAAGAAUCUACAAUUAGUGAAAAGCCCAGUUUAUACAAAUAA